AAUACGGUUUGUUUUGAUGCUGAAAGCUGCAACGAGUGUCUGACAAACCCCGAAUGUGUGGUGCUUUGAAGUUUUAUCACCUUUAAUAGACAAAAUGUUAACUGUGGAGAGCCAAGAGGAAAGUAACGGACAAGAAAAUGAGCGGAAAGGAUCUAAAAGGAAGAUUUCUCUGUCCAACUGUGGAGUGUGUGGAUCAGAGGAGGCCAAGUACAGAUGUCCGGGGUGUCUCAAAUAUUCUUGCAGCUUGUUGUGUGUAAAGAAACAUAAAGAAGAUUCUGGAUGCAGUGGAGUUCGAAAUAAAACUGCCUUUGUGAGACUCUCGCAGUUCGAUGAAAUGGCACUUCUCAGCGAUUACAGGUUUCUGGAGGAUACAGGACGAUUUGCUGAUGGCACCACCAGAGACAACCUCAUCCGGACUCCACGUACCACCCCAAAAGCGAAGCGACUGGCAAGCAACGCCAGGAAGAUGAACAUCACGCUGCGGUUCCUCCCAACCACCUUCACCAAGAGCAGGGAAAAUUCCACCUUCUUCUACGCAAAAGAAAAACAGUUCAUGUGGCACCUGAAGCUCAUCUUCCCCCAGAGCAGCACCGAGUUUAGUCAAAGGAGGGUGUCUGACAGGCAAACACUCAAGCAGAUCCUGAUCCCUUAUAUUCACCCCACGGAGUCGGACCCGGUGACUCGCCAAAAGCUGAAGAUGUACGCAAAUGAGCUGUUUGAUCACGUGAAAGUCUUCAUGAAAGCAGAGGGGAGAAAGGCCAACUCUGUAAGAUACCAUGAGAUGGACAUAGAGAAGAGCCUCCGAGACAACCUGAGCUACAAAACACUGAUUGAGUAUCCUGUCCUGCAUGUCGUCCUCAGAGAUCACUGGAAGGAUUAUCCGCUGAAAGGACAAGCUCAACCUGCAUCGGCCUGUAGUAGAGAGGGGGAAGGUGUGAAAGAAGAGGAAGAAGAGGAGGAGGAGGUUUCAACAUCCGAACAAACUCGACCCGACAUCUGCACAGGAGCCCCGGAAAUCAGCCCUGAACUUAAACCCCCACAGGAAAAGAGAAUAAAGAGAGAAGAAGAUGAGGAAGAGAUAGAGGAGGGGGAGAUCAUAGACAGUAGUGAUGAAGAAAAAGAUGAGGAGCAUGAAAGCGCUGAGCUCAGUCCUUCAGGUAAUAAGAGCUGUGACGCCCCUGUUAAUGACAUGGAGAUGAAGAAUGAGGAACAAGCAGACAACGUGGAGCCCGUGGCUGAUGAUUGCGUUAAUAAACCCAGUGACAGCAGCGGCAAUCAGCGUAUAAUUGAGGACACGACUGUUUCUGCUGAAGUAGGUGAAGCUGCCAAAGACGGCGCCGAGGUCGGCGUGACUAAGGAGGAUGAUCUGACAGAGUCGGAGCCUCCACGUACUCGUCACUGUCAGGAUGAAAAUGAGUCUGCAAGUGUGAUGACAGCUGCUGGUCCAGAUGAUAAUGUCCAUUUGAGCAGAUGAUCAGGGUGAAAUGAAGGAGGCGGCUGAAAUGUCUGCCAGGAAGUCAUCAGUGAAGUGUCAGUGCAGGCGAACAAGGCAAAGUGUUAGUGUUUUCAGUUUUUUAUACAGAUUUUUAUAUAUAUAAAAAAAAAUGCCAAUGAUGGUUAUACAUGUAUUUUCAAUGACACAUUUAUGAUUUAGAUCAGGGGUGUCAAACUCAUUUUAGUUCAGGGGCCACAUACAGCCUAAUCUGAUCUAAAGUGGGCCAGACCAGCAGAAUAAUAUAAAUAAUAGGAUAAGAACUUAUAAAUA